GUAAAAAGAGAGAGUCGAUUAUAUAUUUGGAAAAAGCUAUCUUCACUACCUUAUCCAACCCAAACACCACAUCAACUGUCGGAAGAAGGGAAAUGGCUUCCAUGGCUCAGCAAUUUACUGGGUUGCGAUGCGUUCCUCUUUCUUCAUCGCGUCUCUCCAAGCCAUUUUCUUCUAAGCAUUUGCUGAACAAGUCCCGUUCGCUUCCUGUUCAAGCUGCAGUUAUUUCGGGCCCCAUUCCCAGUCCUCAGACCAAGGAGCGUUUCAAGCUCAAGGAGGUCUUUGAGGAGGCUUAUGAACGUUGCCGUAAUGCCCCUGUAGAAGGCAUAUCUUUCACUCUCGAGGACUUCCAUGCCGCUCUUGAAAAAUACGACUUCGAUUCUGAAUUGGGAACUAAGGUGAAAGGAACUGUGUUUUGUACGGAUAAUAAUGGAGCACUUGUUGACAUUACUGCCAAGUCAUCUGCAUAUUUGCCAUUGCAAGAGGCUUGCAUUCACAGAAUAAAACACGUAGAAGAAGCAGGAAUAUUUCCUGGCUUGAGAGAGGAGUUUGUUAUUAUUGGUGAGAAUGAAUCUGAUGAUAGCUUGAUUUUGAGCUUGAGAUCCAUUCAAUAUGACCUGGCUUGGGAGAGGUGCAGACAGCUUCAAGCAGAGGACGUUGUUGUCAAGGGUAAGGUGGUUGAUGCUAACAAAGGUGGAGUAGUGGCAGUUGUUGAAGGCCUAAGAGGAUUUGUCCCUUUCUCACAGAUAUCAACGAAAUCAACUGCUGAAGAGCUUCUCAACAAGGAGCUUCCUCUAAAGUUUGUGGAGGUUGAUGAAGAACAAUCGAGGCUUGUCCUUAGUAACCGUAAAGCCAUGGCUGACAGCCAGGCACAACUUGGAAUUGGAUCAGUGGUCACCGGGACGGUUCAAAGCCUUAAACCUUAUGGUGCAUUCAUUGACAUUGGUGGAAUCAAUGGUCUUCUUCAUGUUAGUCAAAUCAGUCAUGAUCGGAUAUCGGAUAUUGCAACAGUUCUUCAGCCUGGAGAUACUCUCAAGGUCAUGAUAUUGAGCCACGAUCGUGAGAGAGGCCGAGUUAGUCUUUCUACCAAGAAGUUAGAGCCCACACCUGGGGAUAUGAUUCGCAAUCCAAAGCUUGUUUUUGAGAAGGCUGAGGAGAUGGCACAAACGUUCAGGCAAAGAAUAGCCCAGGCAGAGGCAUUGGCACGUGCAGACAUGCUUAGGUUUCAGCCUGAGAGUGGUUUGACUUUGACUACUGAUGGAAUAUUGGGACCAAUUACUCCAGAGUUACCUGUAGAAGGUUUAGAUUUGAAUGAUGUACCUCCAGCUGAAGAGUGAAGAUUCAAAGCUUUCAUACCGUUGUAUUUUGUACAAUGUUUCACUUUGUAUACAAAAUUCUGCCAUUGUAAUUGGGUACGCAACUUCGUCCAUCAUGUCAUAGCUUAGUGUUGAAUGCUUGAUGAGAGCCCAUGGGCUAGUUCAUUUUCA